CAGUGUCCGCUGCAAGCAGUCUGUGUAAAGAAUCUUCUGAACGUUUUAGAUUUUGUAAAAGUUUUAAAUCAGAAACAGUGAUCACAAUUUGGAUAACAUGCGAAAAAAGCCACGACCUUCUCGUAGAAAGUCUCUGUAUUAUCAUGACGACCAUACCAAAGGUCGAGCAUUACGCAAAGCUGAUAUAGCCCAGGACGUCGCGCAGCAGUUCAACAAAAAGUUUCAGUUUACGGCACCGGCCGGUGGCGAUGAGAAUGAUGAGAAAGAUCCGGUGCUGCCACCGCUGGAGAGUGUAUUCGCCUCCCGCGAGGUUUACCAGGUGGAAUCGCUCCAGAAAGUAAAACGCGCCCUGAAUAAGGUAAAAAGCCGUUUGAACGACUUCGAGAUCAGCGACUGGCACCAGCACACCCGGCGCCGCUCGUCACUGCAGCCGAUUCUGAGCGAGCUGCGCAACCGGGUGCGGGCGGAGUUUGUCACGCAGGCCUUUGCCAAACUGUACGAGUGCGUGGCAGCGUACGAGCUGGUUCCACAGCUGAAGAACCACGAGUUCUACAGUGUACAUCUGUGCGAGGCACCGGGAGCGUUCAUAACCGGGUUGAACCACUAUCUGAAGCUGAACCGCGGCGGGGACAUGAUGCAGUGGCGUUGGUUCGCGAACACGCUGAACCCCUACUACGAGGGCAACUGUCUGGGGAACAUGAUUGCGGACGAUCGGUUCAUACUGCACACGAUGGACUCGUGGUGCUUCGGGGCGGACUACACCGGCGACAUCAUGCGGAAGGAGAAUCUGGCGGAAAUCGUUCGCCGCAGCAAGGAGUUCCCGAUGAUAAAUCUCGUUACGGCCGAUGGGUCCAUCGAUUGUCUGGACGUUCCGGAAGCGCAGGAGGAGCAUGUGUCGAAGCUGCACCUGGCCGAGGCACUAACGGCGUUAAAAAUUCUCACCCCCGAAGGGUGUUUCAUUCUGAAAAUGUUCACCUUCUUCGAGCACUCGAGCGUCGAUCUGCUCUACUUGCUGUACGUGUGCUUCCGCGAGUUGCACGUGUUCAAACCGGCCACCUCGAAACCGGGCAAUUCGGAAGUCUAUGUCAUUGCGAAGUACUUCCGGAAGCCGGAAGGCUUGGACGCGUACUUGGACCGAAUGUUUGACCACUUGGAUUCGAAAGGAUCGAUGUUCGAUCUGAAAGACAUUCCGACGGCGUUCGUUGAACGUGUGCGUGAUUGCGCCGAUUUUUUCAUGAUGCACCAACAGGAAGUUAUCGAGCACAACAUUUAUUACUACCGCAAGGAAGAUAGAAACGAAGAUGAUCGCCUUGAUAUGUUCCGGAAAAGAAUGUGUGAAGCGUUCUUCGACAGAUAUAAAAUCAAACAAAUUCGUCGUUCGGAAGCUAUUCUGCAUGGGGUGGAUGUUUCUGGUAAUGGUGCGGUCAAUAUUAAUCCCCGGGAUAGCUACGGAACGUACAACGAACGGAGUCUACUGAGUAUGACCGGUGGAGACGAAAGGCUGAACAUACUAAGGGACAAGCUGGACGUGAUGUACGAGAGCAAGCCAAGGUUUAUGCCGCGAGCGAAACUAUCCGAUCGAUCGUUGGCAAGCAGUCGAUCCAGCUUUCAGAUCAUUCAGCUUUGCUGCGGCAAGUCUAUUCGAAGGAUCCUGAGUAGCAAGUUCGUAAUGAUUUCCUAUGUCCGUUUUCUGAGUGAAGUCACCGAUGCAGUGAUCAGCCUAAUUCCCCAGGGAGAGGAAACUGCUCCACUGUUUACUCUGGAUCGUUCCUCCUACACACUAUCCAUCGACAUAAAAGCGUACGCCGCGUUUCCCAGCUACGAUCUGUUCGAGAAGCAACUUUUCCGUUAUCUUCUGGAAUGUAUCACGGAUCUUCCACUCCAGGAAGGCGUCAACCAUUUGGUAGUGGAGAAUUGGCUUCUGCUGACGCAGUUCUCCGUAGGACUAGUAUUCUUCCUGAAAACCUACGUUUUUGAGCACGUUGAGAGGGCACUAGGAAACAAGUUGCGUUUCUCGUGCCUCAAACCGGACGGAAUCGACAGUUUGCGCUACUUGAAUGAGACCAUCCAGAUGGAACAGAACGGUUGCACCGAAGGAAGAUCGGUUCUGGGCAUCGUUCCCGCCUAUGUGCUCUUCGAUGGAAACUUUUACUAUGCUGUGAUCAACUACAACAACGAUGUGUGCUUGGAUUAUUGUGCGGUGCUGCUUGAGGAGAAGUGGGAAGAACCGACGAAACCGAAGAUCUGACGCAUUUAAAAAAAAAAAAACAAAUGUGAUUUUCCAACUGAAUGGAAAUGUGGAACAAUUGGAUACAUCACAAGGAUUCUAACUUUUUUGGAUUUUGAUUUACGAAUCAUCAACGAUACACAAAAAGUAUUCGCAAAGUGAGUUACCGAAAGUGAAUACAUAGUUGAAUUGAGA